AUGUCCGUGGAGGAGCCACAAGUGCAGCUGGACGAGGUGCUGGGGCAACUGGGCGCUUUCGGGAAGCACCACCUCCUCACGAUGUGCAUGCUGGCAUUGGUAUACGCCACCAACUCCAUGUACAAUGUUAAUUAUGUAUUCGCAGUUGAGGACGUAAACUACAGGUGCGUGAUCCCGGAAUGUGAGCCGUCGCACCCACCGUUCCCGGUGCCCUGGUUAAACCAGUCGACCGACGAGAACGGCAUCAAACAAUGUCGCCGACACCUGCCACUAAAUUCGCAAUGCACACAUUUCAACAGCACCUUCGAUAUCGCCUGCAGGGAGUGGGUGUACGAUGUGCCUAACAGUUUCGUAGCUGAGUUCGAACUGGCAUGCGAGGACUGGAAACCACCUCUAGUGGGUACUGUGCACAUGUUCGGAAACAUGGUGGGUCUACUUAUACAAGGCCAGAUCUCCGACAGAUUCGGCCGUAAGACCGCGGCAGUUUUCGCGGGUACAAUGGGUGCUGUCUUGGGAAUAACAAAGAGCUUUGCCACAUCCUUUUGGGUUUAUGUCGUUCUAGAAUGCCUAGAAGCUGCUAUCGGAGAUGCUUUGUCUCCUAUGUUUAUGCUAAGUAUAGAAAUAGUAGAAAAGAAGAGAGCGGUCUUCUUUCAAAUGAUACUCUUAAACUGUUACACCGUUGGUCAAAUAAUAAUGCCUUUCAUAGCGUGGGCCGUCCCUUACUGGCGCCAUUUUCUCAGAGUCAUCUACGCUCCAACGCUCGUCAUUCUUACUUACUCGUUCUUCUUAGACGAGAGCAUACGAUGGUUGUUUAGCAAAGGGAAGAAAGAGAAAGCAAUCAAAUUAAUAGAAAAAAUAGCUGAAAGAAAUAAAGUGCUAGUAGAUAAAGCGAUGCUCAAUAAACUGGACUACAUAGACGAGGAAACUUCACCGAAACUAAACGACAGGAAGCUGCUGCUGAAGACUUUCAGGUCGAAGAUAAUGAUGCAGAGGUUCGUCGUGUGCCUGGUCUGGUGGUUUACGAUAACUCUCAUCAACUACGGGAUGAUGAUCAGCUCGGUGUUGAUCGACGGGAACAAAUACUUGAACUUUGCGUUGCUAAUGUUGAUGGACAUACCGGCGAACAUUUUCUACUGGCUAGCACUCGCCAAGUACAGACGGAAGCUGCCGUUGCUUGCGUCGUUUAUGGUGGGCGGAUUGUUCUGUGUAUCUCAGCCACUAAUACCGAAGGGAUACGCAUGGGCGGGGCUGGCGCUGUUCAUGGCAUUCGAAAUGCUGGCUACGUUCUCUUAUAACAUCGUGUACAUGUACACGUCGGAGCUGUUCCCCACAUACACACGCAACUCCAUGCAUUCCAUUUGUUCAGCGAUGGGCCGCGUGGGCUCGCUGCUCGCGCCGCAGAUACCCCUCUUAAUGACCUACUGGACUGGGAUGCCAGCUCUUAUCUUCGGGGUGACAUCGCUAGCAUCAGGCGCUCUCACCCUGCUUAUGCCAGAAACAGCUCGCAGCCAACUCCCUGACACCGUAAGAGAAGCAGAGAGGAUAGGGAGAAAAGUUCUACUCAAGCAUGAGGAAGAAAAUUUGAAGGGAACUUAG